GAAGCCAUAUUCGAAUUCGACUCUGCAUCGCGGCACUGAAAGCUUGUCAGUCCUCGACGAAUAGCCGACGAAGAAGCUUUCUCAGUAGGCAAGGAAAUAUUUUAUAUGUUAACUGGAGCCGUAGACGAAGGUGCACCGGAAGUUCCGGUUCCGUGAUGAUCCAGGUAGCAGAGCGAUGAAGAAGCGAGUUCGCCUCGAAGCGAAGGAGUCAAAGGACAACAAGGAGGUGAAGACCGGGAGAGAAGGAAGGGAAUCAAGGCAGCAGGACAACGGUCAGGACGCCAUCGCCCUCGAGGACGAGGCCCAGAACGAAGGAUUUGCCGAGUGGCUUCGAUCCAGCAGCGGCGUCGAGCUGAUGAGGCUCUUCGUAAUCGCAAACUCGCUGGUCGUCUUCGUAACGAUGGCCUGGCCGAACAUGCAGGAGGCCCUCUACAUCGUCAAGGAUUUCAUAAUGGGUGACGAGUAG